AUUAUUAUUAUUAUUAUUAUUAUUAUUAUUAUUAUUAUUUUAUUCUACUUGAAAUAUGUCGGAUAAAGAAAUAAUUUCCAAUGAAUCAUCUUCAACAACAUCACCAGCAAAAAAAGAAGAAAUCAAAAACCCUUCCAUUCCUAUUUACAAACUAUUCCGAUAUUCAGAUAACCGUGACAAGUUCUUGAUUUGUAUUGCCAUUUUAUGUUCUGCUGGGGUGGGUGCUCUUCAACCUGCUGCCAUUAUUAUUUUUGGUACUUUUUUGGAUCGAAUCACAACAACAAUAGCGUUGACUCCUCCCAUAGAUGGUGCACCUAUUGAUUAUAUUGCUACUACUUUACCUGUUAUUUUGAUUCUUGUCUAUAUGGCCAUCGGUAUACUUGUAGCAUCUUAUGCUGCUCAAACGUUAUGGAUCAUCACUGGUGAAAAUCAAACAAGACGGAUCAGAAUGAAAUAUCUUCAUGCUAUUCUUCGACAAGAUAUGGCUUGGUUUGAUGCAUCCAAGGAAGGUUCAUUGACAACUCGAUUGACUUCAGAUACCCAAUUGAUUCAAGAAGGUCUUUCUGAAAAGUUUGGUUUAUUUGUCUCAUCCAUUGCUCAAUUUAUCAGUGGAAUUGUCGUGGGAUUUACCGGUGAUUGGUUACUCUCUUUGGUGAUCAUAGCCACCUUUCCUAUUUUGGCAAUAGCUGCUGCUAUCAUGGGUGUACUUGUAACAAGAUAUACGACCAAGGCUCAAGAUGCUUAUGCUGAUGCUGGUCAAGUUGCAGAACAGGCUUUUGGAGGAAUCCGAACUGUAAGUGCCUUCAACAUGGAACAUCACUUUGUUACUCGAUAUCUACGAGAAUUGAAAAAGGCGACCUACGCUGGAGUGAAACGUGCUGUAGUGUUUGGACUUGGCUCUGCUAUCUUUUUAUUUGUGUUCUUCUCCACUUAUGCUCUUUCCUUUUGGUAUGGAUCUACUUUGGUCAAUAAAGGUCAUAUUACUGGUGCAAAUGUCGUCAUUUCCUUCUUUGGCGUUAUUCUCGGUGCAAUUGGAUUGAUAACCAUUCCUCAAAAUUUAACUUCUAUCACUAGUGCAUGUGGUGCUGCCUACAAUAUUUAUAGUACUAUUGAACGAAUUCCUGAUAUUGAUCCUGAUGAUAUCAAGCACAAACAUCUACCUCAAUCAUGGCAUGGAAAUGUGGAAUUCAAAGAUAUCUUCUUCAGCUACCCAACCCGUAGUGAUGUUUCUAUCUUAAAUGAUGUCAAUAUAUCAAUACCAUCCGGAUCCACAGUUGCUCUUGUCGGUCUUAGUGGAAGCGGCAAAUCCACUCUCAUGCAAUUAUUACAACGAUUUUACGAUCCGAAUGAUGGUUCAAUCUUAUUGGAUGGACAGGAUAUCAAGUCUCUGGAUGUAUCUUGGCUUCGUGAAAACAUCGGUGUGGUUUCUCAAGAACCUGUUUUAUUCAACUUGUCAAUUGAAGAAAAUAUUCGUUUAGGUGCACUACAUACAACAUCAACAAUAACAGAAAUUGAACAAGCAUGCAAAAUCGCCAACUGUCAUGAUUUCAUUUCCAAAUUGCCUGAAGGGUACAAUACGAUUGUGGGUGAAAAUGCAGCAUUUCUCUCUGGUGGUCAGAAACAACGUAUAGCUAUUGCCCGUGCUAUUUUAAAGAAUCCAAAGAUAUUGUUAUUGGAUGAGGCCACUUCUGCACUUGAUACUAAAUCAGAACGUCUUGUUCAACAUGCCUUGGAUAUCGCCACCGUCAAUCGUACAACUAUUAUGAUCGCUCACCGUUUAUCUACUAUUAGAAACGCAGAUAAGAUUGUGGUGAUGGAUAAAGGAAAAGUGGUUGAACAAGGGACUCAUGAGGAACUAGUGGCCUUUGGAGGAAUUUACUCGGAUUUGGUGAACAAACAAACUAUUGCCCAGGAACAACAUGUAACACCAAUGACAACAGAUUCAUCUAUUAUAGAAGGAUUUAACGCUGAUACAUCCAACAUUAACAACAAUAUUGGAAUAAAUAGACAAGAUAACAAUACUAUCUCUGACGGAGAACCAGCAACAACAACCAAAGUGGUGGAAGAUCUGAUUGAACAAGAAAAGGUAGCCAUAGAAAUGAUGGUGAUGGAUAAACAUGAUAUGGAUAAUGAAAAAAAUCAAGAUACCAACACAACAUCAACAAAACAACAACAACAACAACAACAACAACAGGUGUCCAUGUUACGAGUCAUUAAAGAAAUGAAUACCGAAUGGUUCCUUUUACUCCUUGGGUGUUUUGGGUCUGUCAUUGCAGGUUGCAUUUUCCCUGCAUUUGGUUACGUGUUUUCGCAAGUGGUGGUACUGAUUACAGAAAAGGGUGGUCUUGUCAGCGAUGGACCUAUGCAAGGCGCGAAUUUGUAUUCCUUCUUACUGAUGAUCGUUGGUGUGGCAGGAUUCGUUGGAUUUGGCACCAAGAUUAUUUGUUUUGAACUGGCAGGAGAACGAUAUACCGAACGACUUCGACAUCAAGUGUUCUGUGCUUACCUUCGACAAGAAGUAGGUUAUUACGAUGAUCCAGAAAACACGACUGGUGCACUGACAACAAAACUGGCUGUGGAUGCAAAAAAUGUCAAUGAAUUGAUUACAAAAACGUGGGGUGAAAUUAUCCAAACCGUCUUGACUGGUAUUGCAGGUCUCAUUAUUGCAUUUGUAUUGUCUUGGCAACUGACGUUGGUGAUUCUAGGUGUGUCUCCUUUUUUGAUAGCAGGUGCGUUGUAUGAAGCCAAGAUCGAGCAAGGAUUUGGUGAUCCUACCAAGAAAGCUAAUGAGCAGUGUGGAGAAAUAGCUUCUGAAGCCAUCAAGGAAAUUCGGACUGUGGCAUCUCUCAAUCAACAAGUCUACUUUGAAAAUCGAUUUUACAAGGCAACGGAAAGACCUCAUCAAAUGACAACAAAAAAAGCCUGGGCUGCUUCGUUUGGUUACGCUUGUACUCAAGGUGUACCACUUUUUGCUCAAGCUAUCGCUUUUUAUGCUGGGAUGCGAUUCAUUGCCAAUGGAUGGAUUACUUAUAAUCAAAUGUUCACUAGUAUGAUGAUGGUCUUGGUCACCGCCUUGGGUGUUGGGUCCGGAUUGGUAUUUACAAAAACUUUUGUUAAAGGGAAAUUAUCAGCUAAUGCCAUAUUUGAAGCGAUUGAUCGACAACCUACCAUUGACCCUGAUUUAGAAGGUGUGGAACCGUCAUCUGAUAGUAUACAAGGUGUUAUUGAUUUUGAAAAUGUCAAGUUUACUUAUCCAACAAGACCCGAUCAUCCAGUAUUCCAUGGCGAUUUGAAUAUUCAAGUAGAUGCAUUGAAGAAAAUAGCCUUAGUUGGAUCAUCUGGUUGUGGCAAAUCGACGACCAUUGGAAUGUUGCAACGAUGGUAUGAUACUGAUUCUGGUAGUAUACGUUUGGAUCAUCAAGACAUUCGAUCGUUUACAUUAUCAAAUUUACGGUCUCAUAUGGCCUUGGUAUCACAAGAACCGACUGUUUUUGAUAUUUCUAUUGGAGACAAUAUCCGUCUUGGCUACAACAACAAGGAAGAUGAAAUAUCUUUCAAGGAAAUGGAAGAUGUAUGUCGAUUGGCGAAUAUUCAUGAUUUUAUUCAAAGUCUUCCUGAAGGUUAUGAUACAACUUGUGGCAACAAAGGAUCUCAAUUAUCUGGUGGACAAAAACAACGAAUUGCUAUUGCUCGUGCAUUGAUUCGAAAACCAAAAGUACUUUUAUUAGACGAAGCCACAUCAGCAUUGGAUUCUGAAUCCGAGAAAUUGGUACAAGAAGCUCUAGAUCAAGUAUUGGAACAAGGAGGUAGAACUACAAUUACUAUUGCUCAUCGUCUUUCAACAAUACAGGAUUCCAAUAUGAUUUAUGUCAUAGACAAUGGUCAUGUGAUGGAGAAAGGUAAUCAUCAGCAGCUUUUAGAAAUGAAUGGACUGUAUGCUCAAUUGGUCCUUGAUCAAUCUCUCAAAACUUUUUGAAUAAAAUUCUCCCUUUUGGAACACCGAC